AACUUCAGCAGAAGAAGUUUGCAACGUCUGCUGUCGUAAACAGCGUCACUAUGUCUGAACGAGCAGCGUAUGGCUUAGCCUGAAAGACAACAGCUUAGUUUUCUUUUUGGUUUAUUAUGCUUUUGUUUUGUUUGGCGACUUGGACUUUAUAUUAAAUGGAGACCAAUAGCUUACUAUGAAACUCCGGGAUCAGAAUGACAGGCGUGAUUCCAGAAGAGCACUGAAACUGAGGUAUUCCCCUGCUGUAAUGCAGCCUAAUUCAAGUGAGCAGGACGCUCAUGCAGGAAAUGGUUUGUCCCUAAAUCUGCAACCAGAGCUCACCAGGACUCCAGCCCCUGGUGCGGCUGCUGCCAACCCUGAGAGCAAUGAGGUGCGGGUAAAUAUGACCAGCAAGCCGGGGGAGAGCACUGGAGGUGCAUCAUCCAGGAGGUCCAGAGUCAACUCCCACAGCCACACACAUUCUCAGCCGCACUCACACAAUCGGCUGCCCCACCACUCCAAUUCGGAGGCUGAGCUGGACCCGCCGGACUCUGAUCUGGACUCAGGAGAACCCAGCACCUCCUUUUCUGAGCUUCGGUGUCUCUUCCGCUGGCUUCAAAAGAGUCUUCCUUUUCUAAUCAUACUUUGUGCUAAACUGGUCAUCCAACAUGCUCUUGGGCUAGCAGUUGGGGUUGGCCUCUUCACAACUUUUCUAUAUGUGAAUAAAAACAUUCAAACUCAAGUAUUUCUUCAGGAUCGACACUCAAAGCUGCGGUGUGUAUGGAUGCUACUGUUCCUGAUCUCCUCCACCCUCCUGCUUUACUACACCUUUCUCAGUGAGACACUCCACUAUUGCCUCAUCUUCCUCAGCCCCACCAUCGAGACGCUGGGUUUCUGGGAGGUUCUAUGGACGGUCGGCAUCACAAACUUCAUCAUAAAGUUUCUCUUUAUGGGGAUUAAGUGCCUUAUCCUUCUGCUGCCGUCCUCACUGGUGAACUACAAAACCCAGGGGCGGUGGGUGAUGCUGACCGAGGAGCUGGGUCAGUUCCACCAGGCCACGGCUCCUUUCCCCCUGUGGUUCCGCUACCUGGUCACGUACCAGGAGGUUGACGGCACCCCCGGCCUCACACUGGGAGUCCUGCUGGCUUUGCUCUACCUCAUAAUGAAGCUUUUAGGAUUGUACGGACAGUGGACGUCUAUACAGAAAACUGCGAGGGUCUUUCUAAACGGCGAGCAUACAGGCACAGCAGCCACUAGGAGUCAGUGCAGCGAGGCAGGAGACGUGUGUCCCAUCUGCCAGGGCGAGUACAGGGAGCCUCGGGUUCUGCUCUGCCAGCACAUCUUCUGUGAUGACUGCAUCGCGCUUUGGUUUAACCGGGAGAAGAGCUGCCCUCUCUGCCGCACGGUCAUCACCGAGAAGGUUUUCAAGUGGAGGGACGGAGCCACAUCUCCACACCUGCAGAUUUAUUAAGUAAUAAGGUGGGGGGAGAAAUUGGGUUUUGGGCUUGUAUUUAUAAUGUGAUUUUUUUUUUCCUACCCCACUGACCAGUGAAGUUAACACACUGUUUCAUUAACCGGCAAGGGCCGCCCGUUGCACCUACAGUUAUGUUUCUGAUUUAUUCACCAGUCCUCCCUAUUCCUCACUCUCACAGACGACAGAGCGGGUUAUUGUCAUGCCCCUCAGUGAUUUAUUUGAAGUCGUUUCCUUUUGUGUUGCUUUUAUUCACCUUGAAUCUCAAUAUAAUCGUUCCUUUUGUUGCAGCAAAUGAUUCUACUUUGAUAGUUUCUUCUACUUGUAAAUACGACAGAGAAAAAUAUAUAAAGUAUUUUAAAGAUUUGUUUUCCUCAACAAUACGUUUGAACAAACAUGCAACACAUGGGACCCUCUGUUUCUGAAUUUGUGGAAGAGACGUCUUAUUUGUAACAGCUCAGGAGGGCAUGCUGAAUUCUGCUUUAUCUUUGAGCUUCAACGGCACUGUGAAGGCUUUUAGGAAGCCCGGGUCCAUCACAUGGUCCGAGAAUGACCUUUGUCAUCCUCCAUCCAGGCACUGAAAACAUACAUGGCAAGCUAAAACAUUUCUCUAUGUGAUGGAUCAAGAGUUUGCCUUUUGCUUUCAGUGUUUGGUGAUUCUUUUUUCCACAAAUGAGAAAAAGGAUGCAAUGGAGAUUUACACAAAUUAUUUUUCUAUACAGGCUAUAGAGCCUCGUUUUUGUAAAAACCAAAGACCGGGAGAAACAUCUCUUAUUAUGUACAAAUAUAAUUUCACUGUUAUUUUAUCCAUUUGAUUCUGAAUAAAGAUUUAAAAUAUAAA